AUGCGAGAACGUGAGCCACUGCUAUUUGAUAAAAUGGUUGGAAGGUUUUUGCCAGAAGAAGAGCAGUUCUAUCUCAGGCCUACAAUCGAAAGUGAUUCUCUUUCCGGUCUUCUCAUGCAGUUUGAAGAUUCACAGAUCAUUUCGAAUCGUCGCGAACUUCAACAAUCUGAAUGGCAAGAUUUUCUCAAGGUAAACUGUGACAGAAAUUACUGUUAG